UGUCAAUUUCGCUGUCCUGACGGGUACUUUACUGAUGAUGAACUACAUGAGAGUAAAGCUUAUUUAGGGUGUCUGCAUAAUGGUACAUGGGACUUUCAAGUUCCUAAUUGCGUCGGUAAGUAUUUCAUUUUUUCUUUCUCCUUUUCCCUGUUCGGGUUUUUUACGUUCGACGCUAGGAGAACGCCUUCUAAACUCAAUGCGCAAUUCUAUUUUGAUCACUUCCCAGCUCGGGUAAAAUUUCAACCAAUCAGCAGAUCGGUGUAGUGACACAGCAUCUGUUUGGAAUUAGAGGACCCGUUCCCUAGAUGGCUUCGCGAAAUGUGGGCUCUUUUGUCAGCUAAAAUUCGAACGCACUUACCAUUCUCCAGUUAGUGUUAGUUUUCAAUAAGUAGACGGUGCUUUUAAUACACACAAAUAAGCAUAUGAGAUUAGUCACCACUUUUCUUUCAACCUGUUUUAUUCUGAACUUAAAAAUCAAUGUACGUGUAUAGAUCGCCAGCCUCCAAGAAUGUCCUGUCCCCUGUCUAAAAUAAGAGGAGUUACCACCAAAGGAAAAGCAACAGGAAAGGUAUCAUGGAGCAUCAAGGUGACAGAUAACUCUGAGAUUGUGGAUCCCAAUGCAAAGAUAACUGUAGACUCAAGUCAUCAGCCUUCUCAAGAAUUUCCCAUUGGCGAGACUCUAGUCCGUAUUAUCGCCACUGACAGUGCUGGAAAUGUCGGCCGUGAAUGUAUCUUUAAAGUUGAAAUCAGAGGUAAGGAACACAUCCCUUAUGCUCCUGGUACUCUGGCUAGCUGACUUGAAACCCUUUGCACCCUUAUGACACAAAUUAUCAUUAAAUAUCUCCUUACAAUGGCGGCACUGAUUUUAGUGAAAAAUAACGGUCUUGAGAAUACUGGAUAUAAUAACCAACCAGAGAGGAACUACAGUUUUCUCCAUCAAUGCAACAGUAGCCUGAACUUCUCGAGCUGAGAGAAGCGAGGAGUUGACGGCUGUAUUCUCAGGCGAAUGCAGCAAGAAAUAUAUAGAGACAACAUUGUGAAGAAUACAUCAGUGCAUGUUUUGAAUAAAUGAUUGUACGCAUAAGGGUCAAGGAGCUUCUUAAUCUUGUAGAGGGUCUCCUAUAGGUUUCUCGGGAUCUGGGAUUUGCUUGCUUAUCUGGAAGCUGGUAUUUAGGAUUUUACAGAAAAUUGAGAUUCGGGAGUGAAAGUAUGAACGGGAUGUGUGAUGCGGAAAAUAAUCAUCGGCAUUACAGGAUUGAGCGAAAAUUUGGCGCGGGGUCCGGAUGGAGGGAUUGCAUAGAGAACGUACCCUUCUUGUCUUCCUAUCGGCAAAAUGUACUCUGUUAUAAAAAGAAAUCCCUGAUAGAAAUUUUAAGCUAUAAAUUUUCUUUUUUAAUGCUUUCUUUCACAGAUAAUGAGCCACCAACUUUUAGCAAAUGCCCCAAGGACAUCGUACGUGAAGAGAAAGUUUCUUCGAUAAGAGUGAAUUGGAAGCGUCCAGUGUUCUCUGACAAUUCGGGGGUGCUUCCCUCUGUCUCUUCAAGCCUUCAAUCUGGAGCAACAUUUCUGGUUCCUGGAAACUAUAAAAAUACAUAUACUGCAGAGGAUCGGUCUGGUAACGAAAACAAAAACUGUACAUUCAGGAUCAUAUUGAAAAGUGAGUCGUAUAAUGAGGUAGGGGGAUUACUGGUGGUGAUUGCAGUUAGGAGAAAGCCAGAGAGCAGAGUCCUCAUGCAUUGAAGCUGCUUAAGAGAUCAGAAGAAGUUCCACCCUAUACCAAUCUCGCAUCAGAUAUUGCGCUCUUAGUUAUCCAGUCAGUCGCUAAAUACAUGCAGUCGUUUAAAUAUAUGCAGCGAUUGUUUGGGCGGGUCUUUAACUCCAUACUUAAACAACUUAGUUGAGUCUGUUCAGCGUAAAUUAAUUAAAACUCUUCCCAUUGUUAAUUGCCGCAACACACGUACAGAGUUUGUUGAUACCCUAAAGUUUUCUUCCAUUAAAUUGUUACAUGCACGGCGAGACGAUAUACAUGAGGCAUUUAUAUUUGUUACCAACUGAAGGUACAAACAUAGAAAAGAAGAGUCCAAGGACUCAGUACUGGAACGUGAGAGUCUGACCCGUUAUAAUGAAAUCCGUAUCCAUGGCAAUAACCUCUAAUCAGCAUGCCUAUAAGCCUGAUUGUCAGAUCUAUAUGGCCAACAAAACACUGACCACUUUCCAAACUUUGUAGCAAGGGGGGUCUCUUCAUAAUUACUUUAUGUAGUAGUUACUUUACUUCUAUUUGUGUUUGUCAGGAACCUUUGAAAUGCUGACAUCCUCUAACAGUCAGAGGGGAAAUGUAGCUAACCAAACUGAACUUGACUUUGAUUUGUUCGUUUAUUUAUUUAUUUUUUCUCCACAGAAAAAACUUGCCAGAUUUUUCCUCCACCACGCAAUGGUGCCCUGGCCUGCAUGACAUCAGAAGUUUAUUUGCAUUGUGCAGUAAUGUGCAGCAGCGGAACUGACUUUGAAGAUACUCCCCCUCUGUUGUACUAUUGUGCUGGUGGGGAGUGGAAUUAUUGGAAGGGGUUGCUUCCACGUUACAAAAAUUCUAAUCCCUGGCCUAACUGUUCCUGUAAGUCUUUUAUUAUGUUUUUUUGUUACUCCCCUCUGCAGCUCAGUCGCCGUCAAUUCAACGCUUCAUUCAGUUAGUCAGUUGUUUCAUACGUUUAAACUUCGUUUAUCACCAACUGAGAUUUUUUUCAUCUCACUAAAAGAACCUUUUUCCUUGCUUAACUGCUCAGGUAACUUUUUAAUUCUUGUGAAGAUGAUUUAAUCAGCAUGUCACGAGCGUGGGACAAAGAAAAAAAUUUUAGCCCUCGACAGGAUUCGAACCUAUGACCUCCUGGGGCUGACGGUUUAUUUUCCUAUUUUUAACCUCUUGUAAGUGAAUCUUCGCUGAAUGUAAUAUGCUACACACAGUUCAUAAGGAACUUCUACUUCUAGUAUAACAACAUGGAACUGCACAUAUGGUAAAAGUUGCAUGCAAUAAUUUAUAAAUUACUGAUCUUAGUUAAGCCCCAUGAAAGGGAAUCCAGGCCAGUCUUGGAUUCUGGAUUCAACACCGUGGAUUUCGGACUCCAGGUACUGGAUUCCGGAUUCUUGGUCAGUGGAACUUAGAUCCUGGAUUCCAAUCGUUAGUGGGAUUCCGGAUUCCUAAAGCCAUGUUCCAGAUUCCAAAGCCCAGGAUUCCUGAUUCCACAGGAAAAUUUUCCCGCAUUUCGGAUUCCACAAGCAGAAAUUUCCAGGAUUUCGGAAUCCGGAUUUUCCCUGAUACGGCGCGAUUAGUUCCGUAAUAAUGAUCAGUGCGGAUCUCUUCUCGAAACAGGGUUCACGUAAGGGACGGACCAUUAGAAAACUUCGUGGGCGGGGGGGGGGGGGUGGGGAAUUUUCGAGCCGCAGGAAUUUUGUUUCGUUAUCAAAUGAGCUCAAAUUCCUUGUAUGAAUUUUUUUUAGGCCAUAGCAUGAAUAUUUUUUAGGGUUAAUUGGCGUGCAUGAAUCUUUUUUCAUUUAAUUUUCCCUUGUGCGAAUAUUUUUUUUUGUACUUCGCCCCCUUCCCUCCCCCCAUAAGUUUUCUUAUGGUCAUUAUUGUUUUGGGUGGUUGCAUACUGGAGGUUUGAUUGUAUUAAAACAAAAACUACAACUGGAUAUUAUUUUUCUCAUAGUCAAUGCUGGUCCGUCAGAGAUUAAAAAACUUAACUGGAUGUAUUAUUACUCCUACAAUGGCGACGCGCAUGAUGCUAACGUCCAGAACAACAUAAAGGAAAACUUCUUCAAGUUGCUGAAAGAUCCAUUUUUCAUCCCUCCACCUUUUUGCCUGGUAAAUAACCAGUGCACUAAGGACAAAAUUUCAAUUUCAGCUGGCGUUGUAGGUACGUAACGUAUUUAUACUAGCAUUGGGUUUCCGCAUUCUGUGUUUCUUUAAAAAAGGUCUAUAAACAGCUAUACUAAAAAGAGAAACAAACUAACGAAAAAGCAACGUAAAAAAAGAAAAACGAAAACACUAGAAAAAGGCUAUUGAUGUUCUGAAACGUAGCUAAAACAAAGAAUCGAAGAAAAACAAAUAAUCAUGGUAAUUUGGUAUAAUUUUACAAUGCACCAAGAAACUAGUGAGGAGUUUAAGACCGUGUUCACAAUUCUCGUUUUGUCAUAAAGUUAUUCUUGCAAAUAUAAUUCUUGAAUGAAGACUCAGUUUUGCUGACACUUUUUAUGCGGUUUGUUGACAAAUCCAUGUCAUUACCUAUUCAUAAAAACCUGGGAAUCUUCAAGUUUAAUACAUUUGUAAUGAAUAUAAAGCCUAAAAUUGUGUCUCCGAGUACUUGAUACUCGUUAAGGCCGAGUCAUUAACUAGAGAUAACGUUGUUUGACCUGUACUCCAUCUCGGAAUUAACAAUCAAAUAGUGAUUUUUUUCGCGUUUACCAUUUAUUCCAGAGUUCUCUAAGAAACUAAGGCCGUCCUAUUGAGACAAUUCUUAAUGCGGCAAUUUAGAACUAACCUUUACUAACUGAUUUCCUUUAUCUUUUUUUUUUUGGUUUAUAAUUCAACAGGUUGAGCUCAUGUCCAGCAAUGGUUAGCAAUCAGAAGCUGUUAAAGGACGAGACAAGAUAA